GCCGCGGAUCUCCUCUCCGGACCUCCACACCGAUUUAUCUCAUUAUCAUGAAACUUCUCUAAAAAGCUGCAGCUCUCCUCUCAUGGUGUCCCCGGAAGACUCCCCGGCAUUUAUUCGACUUUUCACGGCAACCAUCGGCCACCGUCUGGACAAUCAUGGAAACGUGGUUUUUGAAUCACGUCCUCGGUUUGUCUCUAUCGGUCCUCCUGCUGGGUCUACCGGGGCCCCUCAGGGCAGGGACCCCAUACAACAGCAGCACAGACCCGGGGGCGACUGGAUUGUAUUAUUCCACCGCCACAAAUGAACUCGGUGACAUGGAAUACAAAGUAACUUCAACUUCACAGUCUAGCAGCGAGAGUUUAUCACCAUCACAGAGAAACCUCCUGCUCACACACACUGCUGAAACUCAAACUACUGCUGCUGCUGCUGCUGGAAACUUAGACACUGAACAGACACAAACCUUCACAGAAACAAGCAUCAGGUCAUUAGAAACUGUACGUCUGUCGACUGAGCCAUUCACCUCCACCCUUGUUGCAGCCACCACUGAGGCCAGCAGCAGCAGCAGCAGCAGCAGUGACAGGACGAAUCCCCUUAACACAGACCGGCUGCCACAUGUCUCCCCUGUUGUGUCCCAGCAGGCCACGUCCUGGAUGGUGACAGAGGACUCCAGCAUGCCCCAGGACAGCCCUGACAGCACUCUCCGACUGGGAGACGCCACAUCGUCUGCAUCACAGACAGCCAUCCUCACCGACAGCACCUACGCUUCCACCACCAUCAGCCGGGCCGGGGAGAGGACCCUGCUUUCUGUCACCUCCUCAUCUAACAACAGCACCUCCUCUGGAUUUACAGAGGACUCCAGCUCCCAUCAGCCCUUCUCUACCACAGGGGGCACAGAGACUGAGGACUACACCCACAGUGCUCCGUCCACCAGGACUGACAGCAGGAACACAACAGACCAGCACAUCACUCAGUCCUCUGGGGGGAUAUAUUCAGAAAAUGGGAGCACAGGAGUAUCCAGAGGAACCCAAACUUUAACUGGAGCACCUAACGCCACCGAGGACACCUCAACAUCAAAAGGAACUUCAGACUCAACACCACAUCUCAGGGUGACAGAGCCCAGCACUGACCAAUCUGAAGUGUCUGUUUCAUCCACACCUCCUGUCAUCUCACCUGCGGGUGUUCCUACCACAAUAUCAGGGACAGAUCAGGGGUCGAGCUCUAGUGUUAGAUCCCCCACAAAGUCUUCCACUGGAGCUAUCAGCUCCACCACUCAAAACCAAGAUGGAACAGAGGGAGUUUCAUCCCAGACCAGUGAGAAAAGUGUGAACUUCACUCUGACCACAGCGCCCCCCACAGUCAGCAGUAGUACAACUGAGCUGGACAACUCUCUGACUCAAACACCUGUGCUGGCUACCGAGGUUCCCCAUACCACCACAACUGUCAUUGUUACAGAAAGAUCACAGAUAACAGAGGAAGAAACUUUUAAAACCACUGCCUCCACCACCACCCCUCUUCUACCUGCCACCUCAUCUUCCAGGUUCAGCAGCACCGCUAGUAUCUCCACUCCAGGGCCACCAACCCAAGUCACCGUCCUUUACACCACACCCUCCACCACUGCCUCCAACCUGGGCCAGAAGACCUCUGCAGUGCACUCCACUCACCGCUUGUCCCCCAGCCAAACUCAGGAACCAUCAACUGGGGUGGCAAACCCUACAGACGUCACCACCCUACACUUAGACACAAGCACAGGCACUCUGGGAGUCACUACGGCCCACAGCCAGCACAUCACCACUACCUACACCCACAGCACCCCGAUUAGGAGCACAGAGGCUCUGCACACCACCAGGAUACAGACAGACAGUGGAACCACAGAGCCGGUUGUGACCACAUCACUCCAUCCCACCAAGGCAGCACCUCCACCAAGAAACCCCUGUGUGUCCAAUCCUUGUAUGAAUGGGGGGACGUGUGUGAGCUAUAAAGGGUAUCAGUUCAGCUGCCACUGUCAACAGGCAUGGACAGGACCAACCUGCAACCAUGACGUGAAUGAGUGUGAGAAGGACCCCUGCCCUGUUGGCUCCAGAUGUGUGAACACAAAAGGUUCCUUCACCUGUGAAUGCCCGCUGGGUUUUGACCUGGAGGACGGACGCAGCUGCACCAGAGCGAAGACAUUUCUGGGAAUUUUCAGCGUAAACAGACUGCCGCAUGACCCUGUUACCUUCAAGAGCGCCACCAUGCAUGAGAUCCAGAGAGAGAUCAUUCAGCUGCUCAAUGCCUCGUUGUCAGUCCUCCGAGGAUACAGUCGCUCAAUUCUUAGUCAAAAAGAAGACAACGGAGAUCAUAUAUUGGCUGUCAACAUGUUUUCCCUCUCCACUGAUGUGACGAGCGCUGAGGUCUACAACAGCAUCAAGAUGACUCUCAGUAACUGCAGCUCCUCGAUGGCCCACUGCCGGAUGGUCCUGCACCACCAGCUCACUUAUCAAUUGGAGAGUCUGUGUUUAGCCCAGAACAUUCACUGCGAUACGAAUCGCUCCAACUGUACAGACAGCAGCGGCACAGCCCAGUGCGAGUGUCGACAAGGAUAUUACAAACACAACCCUGAUGACCUGUCCUGCUUAGAUUGCGGGGAUGGCUACAAGCGUGAAAAUGGCACCUGUGUCAAGUGCACGUUUGGAUUCGGGGGAUUAAACUGUGGAAAUUUUUACAAGCUUAUUGCGGUUGUGGUGUCACCUGCAGGGGGCGGCUUGCUCCUCAUCCUCAUCAUUGCUCUCAUUGUCACUUGCUGCAAGAGAGACAAGAACGACAUCAACAAGAUCAUCUUCAAGAGUGGCGACCUCCAGAUGUCUCCGUAUGCAGACUUCCCCAAAAAUAACCGCAUAUCCACAGAGUGGGGCCGAGAGACCAUUGAGAUGCAAGAGAAUGGCAGCACCAAGAACCUGCUGCAGAUGACGGACAUUUACUACUCUCCUGCGUUGCGUAACUCUGACCUGGACAGAAAUAGCCUGUACCCGUUCACAGGUCUGCCGGGCUCCCGCCACUCAUGCAUCUACCCCGCCCAAUGGAACCCAUCCUUCAUCAGUGAUGAUUCUCGAAGAAGAGACUACUUCUAAUAGCCCCACUCUGAACAUACACAAACACACACACACACACAACCUGAGAAAACUGCCAUCUCUUAUACUGACAAUUGUGAUGUGUCAUGAGCCGCACAUUUUCAAGAAUCCAUUUGACUAUGUGCAUCCAGGGUUACACAUUAGUUAUGGAAAUGUGUGUGUGCGUGUGUGUUUUUGUGUCUGCGUAUUAUGGAAGUGCACAUUUUUGCAAGUGAAAUGUUUUCGGGGUGUUCAGUGAUCAUGUGUUUUUGCAUGUUUUAGCUCAUUUACUUCAACUCGAAUGUUUAAACUGCCACAGUCUUCCAAAGCGUGCUGUGGUGUGAUUGUUUUUUCUACCUUGCAGGCAGCCAAUGAUUCUCAUUUACUUCGCUGUAUGAUGCAAAACAAAUUGCAGACACUUGAAACAUGCUAAAGGUCGCUCAACCAUUACAGUAAACAGCAUGUCUGUCUUCCCUGACUUGUGUCACUUGUUGUUGUUGCUGCCUGGUAAUGCAGUGCAGACUUUCUUGAAGUCUACACUGUGCUACUGCAGUUGGUUAAAAAAAAGCAGAUUUGAUGCCCACUGCAUUCACAGAAAGAAUGGGAAUUAUUGAUUGGCAGAGCAGAGGACAUAUUU